AUGGCGCGGGAGCUGAGCCAGGAGGCUGUGCUGGACUUCCUCUGGGCGGCCGGGGGGCGAGCCCCCAACACGGCGCUGCUCCGCCACUUCCAGCGGUUCCUCCGCGACCCGGCGCUGACGGAGCAGCAGCGGCGGGAGCGCCGCGAGUACUUCAAGAGCCUCGUCAACUCCCUGGCCACCGUCCACCCCGCCGCCGCCCCCGGCGCCUCCAAGGACAUCGUCCUCCGCCGCAGGUACCGCGACCUCCUCGAUGAGGAGCUGCCGCCGCCGGAGGAACAGCGGGAGCAGGAGGAGGAAAAGAACGAGCCGCCGCCGCCGCCCCGACGCGACCCCGACGGGCGGCGCGGCCCCCGCGGGGAGGCGGCGGAGCAGGGGCGGCCCGGCGGGGCGGGGGGCUGCUCCGCCCGGGGCCGCGGCGGGCCGUGCUGCGAGUGCCGCCGGGCGCGCCGCGCUGCUGCCGCCGCCGUCCCCGCGCCGGGCCCCGGGACACCGCCCACCCCCCGGCCGCCCCGCUCCCGCUCCCCGCCGCCCCCUCCGCAGCCGCCCCCGUACCGGACCCAGCCGCUGUCCUCGGGCCCCUGGGCGCUUCGCCCCGGCGGCACAGCGCGCCCCCGGCCCCCUACGCAGCCGUCGGGUCCUGGGGCGCUGUCCCCCGCGGUGCCGCCCCGGUCCCGAUCGCCGCCGCUGCCUGCCGCCGGGCUGCCCUCUGCCACAGCGUCCCGGGCCCGGACGCCACCGCCGCCACCGGGCCCGGGGAUGCCGCCUCCCUACAGGUUGCCUCAGCCCCGAUCUUUGCCGCAGCCCGCCCCUUCCCGAUCCUUGCCGCUGCUGUCCGCCCCGGAGGUGCUGCCCCUGUCCCGCUCCCUGCAGGCGCUCCCUGCCAGCCCCUCCUCAUCGCUAUUGCUUUUGUCGGGCCCCGAGGCGCUCGCUUCCACCAGGCUGCCCCCAUCGCAGUCCAGGUCCCUGCAGCAGCUCCCCACCAGGCCGUCCCCAGACCUGCCGAGGAGCAUCAGGCGCCAGCUCGCUUUGUCGGAGGCGCAGGGCACCCCCUCCUCAGCGCACGAUGACUGUGGGCGGCAGCCUCGCUCCGUGCUCGCCAAGAGCUCCCCUAGGAACGCCGCAAGCCGGGGGCCCCUGGUGCCGCUGGGACAGCGGGAGCACGCCUGGCUGGUGGCAAUGUCAGCAGGCUGCUGGGCUCAGGUGCGGGGGCUCUUUCUGGAAGAGCCUGAGCUGGCCCUGCAGAGGGACUUCAUAUCGGGCUUCACGGUCCUUCACUGGCUGGCCAAGCACGGCGACGGGCCGGGCCUGCAGGAGCUGGCAGCGGCGGCGCGGCAGCUCGGGCUGGCCCUGGACGUGGACGCGCGCUCGGGCUGCGGGUACACGCCGCUGCACCUGGCUGCCAUACACGGCCACCAGCUUGUCAUCAAGGUGCUGGUGCUGCAGCUGGGCUGCCAGGUGCAGGUGCGGGACGGCAGCGGACGCCGGCCCUGGGAAUACCUGGGCAGCUCCACCUCGGGGGAGAUCUGGCAGCUCCUGGAGGCACCCCGCGGCACAAUCAUGUUCCCCACGCAGCCCCUGGCCCGCAGCGCGUCCUCUGUCAGCAAGGUCUCGCCGUCCGCCGGCAGGGCAGCGCUGCCUGCCUGCCUCAGGGUGCAGCUCGGCCGUGGGGCAGUGUCCAACCAAUCCGGCAGCGACAGCGACUGA